AUGGCACCACCACGCGUCCUGUGGAUCUAUCCAUCCCUUUUCCUCCUGUCUUCCCUGCUUCUUUUUCGCGCUUUGUCGCCGUGCCGGGCCUUACGGAAUUAUCCGGAGAAUGAAGUUACGUUACUGGACUCCAUGUCAGCUCUGGCCGACCUGGGCUGGGAGGCUUACCCUAAUGAGGGGUGGGAGGAGAUCAGUGUAAUGGAUGAGAGGAACACCCCGAUGAGGACUUACCAGGUCUGUAACGUCAUGGAGGCCAACCAGAACAACUGGCUGAGGACGCGCCACAUCAGCCGAGAAGGAGCGCAGCGUGUUUACAUUGAGAUCAAGUUCACCCUGAGGGACUGUAAUAGCCUGCCCGGAGUCCCUGGCACCUGCAAAGAGACAUUCAACAUGUACUACUAUGAGUCCAACAAUGCCAACCUGUGGUUCAUCAAGGAAAGCCAGUAUGUCAAGAUUGAUACUAUUGCUGCAGAUGAGAGCUUUACACAGGUGGAUGUUGGUGACCGCGUCAUGAAGCUAAACACGGAGGUGCGCGACAUCAGCAACCUGAGUAAAAAGGGUUUUUAUCUGGCCUUCCAGGACCUGGGCGCCUGCAUCGCUCUGGUCUCUGUCAGGGUCUUCUACAAGAAGUGCCCCCUCACUGUGCUUAACUUGGCCCAGUUCCCCGACACAAUAACGGGUGGAGACACGGCGCUGGUGGAGGUCCACGGUGUGUGUGUGAAUGCCUCCGAGGAGUUUGAGGUUCCGAAGAUGUACUGCAGUGCAGACGGAGGCUGGCUGGUUCCCAUCGGGAGGUGUGUGUGCAAACCGGGCUUCGAGGAGAACAAGGACAUCUGCCAGCCAUGCAGACCUGGUACCUACAAAGCUUCUGCAACAGAUGCCUACUGCACCAAAUGUCCUCCUCACAGCUCGUCCCCGCAGGAACAAGCAGUCGAGUGCGUUUGUGAGAGAAGUUUCUACCGUGCUGAGACCGACCCACGCUCAAUGGCCUGCACACGUCCCCCAUCUGCUCCAGAGAACCCCAUCUCCACAGUGAACGAGACCUGUGUGAGCUUGGAGUGGUCACCACCCAGAGACACGGGAGGCCGAGGAGACAUCACCUACAGCCUCCAGUGCAGGAAGUGCUCCAGUGAUGGCAAGAAAUGCACACCCUGUGGUAGCAGCAUCCAUUUCGUCCCCAGACAGUUUGGUCUCUCCUCAGCCACCGUGUUGGUCACCGACCUGCAGCCGGACUCCAACUACAGCUUCACUAUUGAGAGCCAGAAUGGAGUGUCAGACUUAAGUCCAACUCCCAGAGGAACGGUAGUCAUCAAUGUCACCACGUCACAGACAGUAAGUGUAGUGUUGAAGGAGAGGCGGAGCAAGGACAGCGUGACUUUGGCCUGGCAGGGUCCGGAGAGACCCAACGGGGCGAUAGUGGAGUAUGAGGUCAUCUACUAUGAGAAGAACCAGCGGGAGCAGAACUAUACAGUUUUGAAGACUCGUUCCAACAUGAUGACAGUGGAUGGGCUAAAGCCUGGGACCACCUACGUUUUCAGGGUCAGGGCUCGAACCGACGGCGGGUAUGGAAGCUAUGGUGGAGAAAUUGAAUUGGAAACUAGCCACGAAGAUGUUUUAGCUAUCGGGGACCCUAACCAGUCCACCAUCCUGGCUGUGUCCAUCGCUGGGGGAAUCGUUCUCCUUAUCUUCCUGGUGACUUGCUUCAUUGUCAGCGGCAGGCACUGUGGAUAUAUCAAAGCCAAGCAGGACCCUGAUGAAGAGAAGAUGCAGUUCCAGCAUGGCCGAGUUAAGCUUCCAGGCAGUCGGACCUACAUCCAUCCUCACACCUACGAAGACCCCAACCAAGCUGUCAGAGACUUUGCCAAAGAGAUCGAUGCUUCCAAUAUUCGCAUAGAGAGAGUCAUUGGAGCUGGAGAGUUUGGGGAGGUGUGCAGUGGUCGGCUGCGUGUGCAGGGAAAGAGGGAGAUUUACGUGGCCAUCAAGAGUCUGAAGGCGGGAUACUCUGACAAACAGAGGAGGGACUUCCUAUCGGAGGCCUCCAUCAUGGGACAGUUUGACCAUCCGAACAUCAUCAGGCUGGAGGGUGUCGUCACGAGAUGUAAGCCAGUGAUGAUCAUAACCGAGUUUAUGGAAAAUGGAUCCCUGGACACUUUCCUCAAGAAACAUGACGGCCAGUUCACGGUGAUCCAGCUGGUCGGCAUGCUGCGAGGCAUCGCCUCUGGUAUGAAGUACCUGUCAGACAUGAGCUACGUUCACAGAGACCUGGCAGCUCGAAACAUCCUGGUCAACAGCAACCUGGUGUGUAAGGUGUCGGACUUUGGCCUGAGUCGGGUUCUGGAGGACGACCCAGAGGCUGCCUACACUACAAGGGGAGGGAAGAUCCCCAUCAGAUGGACGGCCCCAGAGGCUAUAGCCUACAGGAAGUUCACCUCAGCCAGUGAUGUGUGGAGUUACGGUAUCGUCAUGUGGGAGGUGAUUUCAUAUGGAGAGAGGCCCUACUGGGAGAUGUCCAACCAGGAUGUGAUCAAAGCAAUAGAUGAGGGCUACCGUCUCCCUGCUCCGAUGGACUGUCCUGUGGUGUUGCACCAGCUCAUGUUGGACUGCUGGGAGAAAGGACGCAGCGACAGGCCAAAGUUUGGACAGAUUGUUACAAUCCUGGACAAGCUCAUCAGAAACCCAGCCAGCCUCAGAGAGCUGGCAAACAGCUCAGUAUGCAGGGAGGACCCGUCCACCCCAGAGUUCAGUGUGAGCACAGUGGAUGAGUGGUUGGAGGCCAUCAAGAUGGGCCAGUAUAAGGAGAGCUUUUCCAGUGCUGGAUAUGUCAGCUUGGACUCAAUCCUCUACAUCAGUGUCAGUGAAUUGGGUAAGAUGGGUGUGACUCUGGCUGGCCACCAGAAGAAGAUUUUGUCCAGUGUGCAGAGCCUGCAGACCCAGGGGACACACGUCCAAGUAUAA